AUGAAACCAACAUGCCCGCACUGCAGAGCCAUCAUACCAGUUAUUACAGAGUUGGCAACAGCUUUACAUGAUGCAAAAGCCAACAUCAGAGUUGGAUACAUCGACAUUUCGAGAAAUGGCUGCUCUGAAGGAUUUCCAAGCAUGAGAGGUGUUCCAACAUUAUAUUUGUUCAAGGAUGGCGGCAAGAACAAGACACAACUCUACUGCCAGAGAACAAAGGACGAAUACAUCAGAAAUCUCAAGAUCAUUUCCGACCAAAAGAUCGAUAUUGAGACAGUAAUGCCUGAUUCAACAGAGUUGGCCAACCAUCUCUUGACAAUCAUCAUGUCCCUCGAUGAAGAAAACCCUGUUCCUGACGAAGAGAAAGAAGCUUUCCAGAACUACUUGGAGAGAGAAUCAAACUUGCUGCAAUCAAUGUCUAACUCAACAGAAACAAAUGAAACUCAACAAAAUGAUGAGAAACAAGAAUUAUAA